AUGUUGCACGUCCAGAAGAUCACGGUCGAGGUGGCAGGGGAGGCCAUUCCCCUUCAACAGAGCAACGGUGUCCGACAAGGAGCACCCGAGAGCCCCGUCGCUUUCGGUGCAGUCGUAGCGGAAGACCUGGACGCCGCGAUCCGGUCGGCACGACCUACAAAACCUGCUGGAGACGAUGCCCCUCCUGAAGAUGGGGGGAGCUACAUGGACGACAACUAUAUCUGGUCAAUCAGCAAAAAGCACUUCCAGAACAUGCUCAGUGCACUCCAUGAUCGACUUCCACGGCGUGGCCUCUUUUUGCACCCGGAGAAGACGGAUAUCAUCAGCACAUCGGACAUGCCCACGACGUUCCAGGUAGCCGGUGAAACAGUCUCCACGAAAGGGCCCGACCACGCCUUCUACGUCCUCGGGAGCCCUCUCUCCUUCCAAGGGGGAACAGCGAUGUUGCUGGCAGAAGCGCAAACCAGAGCGAGAAAAGCCUUUUGGUCACAUCGUGAGAGCUUCACCUCAGAUGCCACCUUCCGUCAGAAAUUGCAGAUUCACGUUGUGCUGGUCCGGCAGAGAAUGGGCAACGUGGAACAAAAGAAGCCUUCGGCGGAGCCGCCUGGCCCUCUAGCGAUCCAAUCGGGGGAAAGAUCUUCCGAUGGCACAGUCUACAAUGGUGGCAAGAGCAAAAGGACCGGGGGAUCGCAGUGCAACCAACACGCACAGCGAUUCAACGCCUAUAUGGACAUCGACCGCCAGUUGAGCGAGACCGUUGGGAAAGGAUGGUUCACGCUCGCACAGGAUAGAGCGGCUUGGGCAGCAAGCGAAGCAGCAUUCAUCGCAAGACACGACGCACAACACUGGGCCCCGGACCAGCAACCAGCUCAAGUGGCAUGGACACCCAGCCGCCCACCACACCACCAGCAUCCCGCACAACACCUUCGGGCGUACGACUGGGACUUUGAUCCCUGGAAGAACCCACAAGACGACCCACCAGAGAGCAGGUCGACCCCAGCGAGCACCCAAGCCGCGGCAGCGAGCCGUCCACCACCACAACAACGACAGCCCCAGACAGCGGGACAAGACCCACAGGAGGAUCCUCCCACCAACGACCUCCUCCAGCACCGGUGA